UUCCGCCCCAGCCCUCGCGCCGUCCAUAAGGCGAGCGGCGGUGGUCCCUCCUCCCUUUCUCCGGCUGCCGGGAAGAUGGCGGACAUUCAGACGGAACGAGCUUACCAAAAGCAGCCCACAAUCUUUCAAAACAAGAAGCGUGUUCUGCUUGGAGAAACCGGCAAGGAAAAACUCCCGCGGUACUACAAAAACAUCGGUCUAGGCUUCAAGACGCCCAAGGAGGCCAUCGAGGGCACCUACAUAGACAAGAAAUGCCCCUUCACUGGUAAUGUCUCCAUCCGAGGUCGGAUCCUGUCUGGUGUCGUGACCAAGAUGAAGAUGCAGAGGACCAUUGUCAUCCGCAGGGACUAUCUCCAUUACAUCCGGAAGUACAAUCGCUUUGAGAAGCGCCACAAGAACAUGUCCGUGCACCUGUCCCCCUGCUUCAGGGAUGUGCAGAUCGGCGACAUCGUCACUGUGGGAGAGUGCAGGCCCCUGAGCAAAACAGUACGCUUCAAUGUGCUCAAGGUCACCAAGGCUGCUGGCACCAAGAAGCAGUUCCAGAAGUUCUAAGGGAUCUGGACAACUCCCCAGAACAAAUAAAGUGGUUUUCUAGCUCACA